AUGAGGCCAGGCAAACAUAGUCGAGGCAAGCGCCAGACCACUGGCACACGCUUUGAGUUUAUAACCGUCUCUGGGAACAAUGUCGCUGGGGAUGAUACAACGCGCCGCCGUGUGCGAAGCCACGCGAUGGUCGACUACAAGCGGCGCUCUACGCAGCCCAAAGAGAGUCAAAAUCAUACCAUCGAGCUCGACGUGACGCCGCUGCUCGAUGGGUCUCUCCAACCGACAGCUGCUGGAUUACAUGCCGUCGACCCAGAGCAGUCAUUAGUGUUGCGUGGCCCAAGCCCGGCGUCUCUGCUAGACACCUAUCGAUCUGAUCCUUUUGGGACGUUUCCAAUCAAUGGGACUCAUCGCUCUCGUCAGCUGUGGGAUCACAUGUAUGACGGAGCCUGCCCCAUGUUCCGAACAAUGAACAAGAUCGGCUUCUUAGACCUUGUGCGGGAAACAAUUGCUCUCGCUCAAAUGCUCUCUGCGUCUUCGAGACACUUGGGUCUCCUCCUCGGCAGCGGCAGUGCGGAUUCCUACGCCUACUCUAUCCAGGCGACAAACUCCCUGCAAGCGCGACUCGCCGACCCUACGGCAUGCACGUCGGAUGAGGUGAUCGCUGUUGUUCUAGCCUUUGCGUGCUAUGCGAAUAUGUUCAGAGAUCCAGGUCUCCUCAACGUCCAUAUGAAUGGCCUUGACCGUAUCCUCGACUGUAGAGGAGGCAUUCGGUCGUUGGAUCCAAAUCCUCUAUUAAGGACGAUGGUCUAUUGGGUGGAUGUGAACGGGUCUUACUUGCAAGACAUUGUUCCUCGGUACCCACAACCGCUCGCGAUUCUUUCUGUUCGGAGUCAACUGAACAUUGACGUUCUUGAUCAGCCCAGCCAUACAGUCAAUGAGGCAUAUACAGCAGGAAUAGCAAUCUCCCAGAUUCGCAAUAGCAUUCUUGAAUUGCAUGAUAUUAUCCGGUCCGAGCUUUCUAUAAGGGCCUUGUGGACCGAUAUUAUCUUCCCCGGCUUCCACAUAUCGCCACUCCUUCACGCUCUUCUAUCUCAACCCCGUGCUAUGGUCUACGACGGUUUAUACGACCAGUUGAUAGAAUGCUUCCGCCUUGCCGCUAUUAUCUACCUGACGGAACUGCGGGGUCUUUUCGGUGUCGAUACGAUUCCGGGGCGUUGA